AUGAGAACCUUCUCUCUGAUCGUGCUGCUCUGUGCCCUGGUGGCCGCCGCCCUGGCUGCCCCCGGUGGAGGCUAUGGCUACGGAGGUCACCGCGGAGGCUACGGAGGUCACCGUGGAGGCUACGGAGGUCACCGCGGAGGCUACGGAGGUCACCGCGGAGGCUACGGAGGUCACCGCGGAGGCUACGGACACGGCGGAUACGGUGGUGGAUACGGCGGUGGAUACGGCGGCGGACACGGCGGAUACGGUGGAUACAGCGGUGGACACGGCGGAUACGGCGGUGGACACGGUGGAUACGGCGGAUAUGGUGGAUACCACGGCUAG